UUGACGUCACGAUUAAAUAUGACAUUGUAUGGUGGUACACGAAGCUAGUAUAAAACCUGGAGGCCAACUGCCACGACAAUCUACUUUCCCAAUAAUUAAUAACUACGAGAAAGCACAAUGUCUUCGUCUACCGCACACCCAUCUGCCGUAGGCACUAACACCCAACCCACAACGGCUUCCACCGAAGCUCCAACUCAACCAACCAUCACCGACGACAGUCAAAUUCCGCCGCAAAGACACGCAGGAGCCACUGGGCUUGGUCCCUUGUACGGACAGGGAGCAGGCCUUGGAGAUAAGCUCGGCGGCUUGCAAGAGGAGAUCAAGGGAACGAUCACCAAGAACCCAGAACUAGUCGAACAUGGGCGCGAGCGGCGUACAGGGAUUCUGAAGAAGAAAGAGCAAGAACAGGAUGAGGAAGACCCGUUCGCGAAAUCAGAAGACCACAGUCAGGCCUAAGGUAGUGGGAGACGCUAAUAUCCACUAGUCAUGAGCGUGUGUUGGUGCAUGCGGUAACUUUGACUUACCGAAUAUAAAUGUCAUUGCAUGGUUGCGUCUCUAUCUCUACGCACGUAAGUAUAAAUUCUAAGAGGCUGAACGAAAGUGAGCAGCACGAACUGUCGUGGACAAUCAUGCGUAGUCCUCUCGAGCCCGGUCAUGGUGACAACAUCGGGCCUCGAACCC